AUGGAUGUCUCUCUUUGCCCGGCCAAGUGUAGUUUCUGGCGGAUUUUCUUGCUGGGAAGCGUCUGGCUGGACUAUGUGGGCUCCGUGCUGGCUUGCCCUGCAAAUUGUGUCUGCAGCAAGACUGAGAUCAACUGCCGGCGGCCGGACGAUGGGAACCUCUUCCCCCUCCUGGAAGGGCAGGAUUCGGGCAACGGCACUGGGAACGCCAGCAUCAACAUCACUGACAUCUCGAGGAACAUCACUUCCAUACACAUAGAGAACUGGCGCGGCCUGCACACUCUCAACGCCGUGGACAUGGAGCUCUACACUGGCCUGCAGAAGCUGACCAUCAAGAACUCAGGACUUAGGAGCAUCCAGCCCAGAGCCUUUGCCAAGAACCCCCACUUGCGCUACAUAAAUCUGUCAAGUAACCGGCUCACCACACUCUCAUGGCAGCUCUUCCAGACGCUGAGUCUUCGGGAAUUGAGGCUGGAGCAGAACUUCUUCAACUGCAGCUGUGACAUCCGCUGGAUGCAGCUGUGGCAGGAGCAGGGGGAGGCCAAGCUGAACAGCCAGAGCCUCUACUGCGUCAGUGCCGAGGGCUCCCAGCUCCCGCUCUUCCGCAUGAACAUCAGCCAGUGCGACCUUCCUGAGAUCAGCGUGAGCCACGUCAACCUGACCGUACGAGAGGGGGACAAUGCUGUCGUCACUUGCAAUGGCUCUGGAUCACCCCUGCCCGACGUGGACUGGAUAGUCACGGGGCUGCAGUCCAUCAACACCCACCAGACAAACCUGAACUGGACCAACGUACACGCCAUCAACUUGACUCUGGUCAACGUGACGAGUGAGGACAACGGCUUCACCCUGACGUGCAUUGCAGAGAAUGUGGUGGGCAUGAGCAAUGCCAGCGUCGCCCUCACCGUCCACUACCCCCCGCGCGUGGUGAGCCUGGAGGAGCCCGAGCCGCGCCUGGAGCACUGCAUCGAGUUCGUGGUGCGUGGCAACCCGCCGCCCACGCUGCACUGGCUGCACAACGGGCAGCCCCUGCGGGAGUCCAGGAUCAUCCGGGUGGAGUACUACCAGGAGGGCGAGGUCUCCGAGGGCUGCCUGCUCUUCAACAAGCCCACCCACUACAACAACGGCAACUACACCCUUAUCGCCAAGAACCCGCUGGGUACCGCCAACCAGACCAUCAACGGCCACUUCCUCAAGGAGCCCUUUCCAGAGAGCACGGACAACUUUUUCUCUAUCUAUGAAGUGAGCCCCACACCACCUAUCACUGUGACCCACAAACCAGAGGAAGACACUUUUGGGGUGUCCAUCGCCGUCGGGCUCGCCGCCUUCGCUUGCGUCCUGCUGGUGGUUCUCUUCAUCAUGAUCAACAAGUACGGUCGACGGUCCAAGUUUGGAAUGAAGGGCCCUGUGGCUGUCAUCAGCGGCGAGGAGGACUCAGCCAGCCCGCUGCACCACAUCAACCAUGGCAUCACCACGCCGUCGUCGCUGGAUGCCGGGCCCGACACCGUGGUCAUCGGCAUGACCCGCAUCCCGGUCAUCGAGAACCCCCAGUACUUCCGCCAGGGCCACAACUGCCACAACCCGGACACAUAUGUGCAGCACAUUAAGAGGAGGGACAUCGUGUUGAAGCGAGAACUGGGCGAGGGAGCCUUUGGAAAGGUCUUCCUGGCCGAGUGCUACAACCUCAGCCCGACGAAGGACAAGAUGCUGGUGGCUGUAAAGGCCUUGAAGGACCCCACCCUGGCUGCCCGGAAGGAUUUCCAGAGGGAGGCCGAGCUGCUUACCAACCUGCAGCACGAGCAUAUUGUCAAGUUCUACGGUGUGUGUGGUGAUGGGGACCCCCUCAUCAUGGUCUUUGAGUACAUGAAGCAUGGGGACCUGAACAAGUUCCUCAGGGCCCAUGGGCCGGAUGCGAUGAUCCUCGUGGAUGGGCAGCCACGCCAGGCGAAAGGCGAGCUGGGGCUCUCCCAGAUGCUCCACAUUGCCAGUCAGAUUGCCUCGGGCAUGGUCUACCUGGCCUCCCAGCACUUCGUGCACCGGGACCUGGCCACCAGGAACUGCCUGGUCGGAGCCAACCUGCUGGUGAAGAUCGGGGACUUCGGCAUGUCCAGGGAUGUCUACAGCACGGAUUACUACAGGGUUGGAGGACACACCAUGCUCCCCAUUCGUUGGAUGCCCCCUGAAAGCAUCAUGUACCGGAAGUUCACCACGGAGAGCGACGUGUGGAGCUUUGGGGUGAUCCUCUGGGAGAUCUUCACCUACGGGAAGCAGCCCUGGUUCCAGCUCUCCAACACGGAGGUCAUAGAGUGCAUCACCCAAGGCCGCGUUUUGGAGCGGCCCCGAGUCUGCCCCAAAGAGGUGUACGACGUCAUGCUUGGGUGCUGGCAGAGGGAGCCGCAGCAGCGGUUAAACAUCAAGGAGAUCUACAAGAUCCUUCACGCGUUAGGCAAAGCCACCCCCAUCUACCUGGACAUCCUCGGCUAGCGGUGGCCGUGGUCACGAGUUCGCUCUCUGUUGCCUCUUCUUCCCUGGCCUCACACGCCCCCUUCCCACCUCACAGCUCCUCCC